CCGCGACCUCUUCAACUAUUAGAGAAAAAAACUGCUCACACGUCACUGGUGAAGGUGGAUCAUAACAUGCGCCAAUACCUAUAAAGCUGGAGCGCGCGAGAUGCACAGAAGACACAUAGCUCACCUAAGAGAUUCUCGUUUCACUGGAUAUCUUCGCUAUGGUUUUACACUCGUCCUAAGAUAUCCAAUGAGCACGUAAAGGGAUCUUCUUGCGUGUUACACAACUUCUGGAGGCGCUCCAUCAAGAAGAAACUAUCACUGGAACAACACGCACAGGCGCACGUGGAUUCUUUGCUUUCUUUUUUGGCUCUGAUCGUCGUUGGAGAUGUUUGGGCACGAUAUCUGCGGAUGCCUCGUGUCCGCGUUGCUGGCGGCAGCCGGUGCCGUCUUACCGGCUCUGGUGUUGCUUGUGGUCUCGCGGCUGUUGUGGGAGUUCAGGUGGAGCAUCACCCGGGAUCGGACGUGUAAACUCCCACUCCCGCAGGGGUCAAUGGGCUGGCCGCUAGUCGGAGAAACUUUUCACUGGCUCUUCCAGGGAUCCAGCUUUCACAUCUCCAGACGAGAGAAACACGGAAAUGUUUUUAAAACUCACCUUUUGGGCAAACCCCUCAUCCGAGUGACCGGUGCAGAAAACAUCCGUAAGAUUCUGCUGGGUGAACACACGCUGGUGUGCACGCAGUGGCCCCAGAGCACACGCAUCAUCCUGGGGCCCAACACCCUGGUGAACUCAGUUGGUGACCUGCACAAGAGGAAAAGAAAAAUCCUUGCAAAAGUGUUUAGCCGUGGGGCGCUGGAGGCCUAUCUGACACGUCUUCAAGAUGUUGUCAAGUCUGAAAUUGCCAAGUGGUGUGCCGAAACCGGGUCUGUGGAUGUUUACACCGCAGCCAAAUCACUCACCUUCCGCAUCGCGGUUCGAGUUCUGCUCGGUCUGCGUCUGGAGGAGCAGCAAAUUGCUUCUCUCUCCAAAACCUUUGAACAGCUCAUGAACAACCUCUUUUCUCUGCCUAUUGACACGCCUAUAAGCGGCCUGCGCAAGGGAAUCAGGGCCCGUGAGAUUCUGCACUCGGCCAUGGAGAAGAUCAUAGAGGAGAAACUGAAAAAGCAGCAAACCAAUGAUUAUUGUGAUGCUUUUGACUAUAUGCUGAGCAGUGCAAAAGAAGAUGACUAUGAACUUACAAUGCAAGAACUCAAGGAAACUGCAGUAGAGUUAAUCUUCGCUGCUCACUCCACUACCGCCAGCGCAUCAACAUCCCUCAUCCUGCAGCUGCUGCGUCAUCCAGACGUAUGCGAGCGCGCCAGAGCAGAGCUGGAAAGCGAGGGGUUGAUCGGCGACGUGCACGGACACUGCCGCUCACGUUGCCAUGGGAACAUAAUCAUUGAGGAAAGCGAUGCUGCUGAGAAGAGUGAGCGGAGAUCAGUGAUGAAUAAAACGACAUGUUUUGAAGCAGGAGACAAGGAAGACGGACGUCGCUCUCGGACCCAUGUCCCUUACCUGAGUUUAGAGAAACUGAGUCAGCUUUCUUACCUGGACUGUGUGGUCAAAGAGGUGCUUCGGUUCCUCCCACCGGUGUCUGGAGGGUACAGGACAGUCCUGCAAACAUUUGAAUUAAAUGGUUAUCAGAUCCCAAAAGGCUGGAGCGUCAUGUACAGCAUCCGUGACACUCACGAGACAGCAGAAGCGUAUCAGAACCCAGAGCUCUUUGACCCGGACCGGUUCUGUGCGGAUCGAAACGAGAGCAAAACUGACCGCUUCAGUUACGUGCCUUUCGGAGGAGGUGUGAGGAGGUGCAUCGGCCGGGAGCUCGCUUUGAUUGUACUGAAAACUCUCGCGGUAGAGUUGCUCGCCACGGUGGAUUGCACUCUGGCAACAGAAACGUAUCCAAGGAUGCAGACAGUGCCAAUCGUGCAUCCAGUCAAUGGACUGCACGUGUAUUUCAACUACAGAACCCAUGGAAUCGAAAGAAACCGGAGGGAGUCCACACAUAUAUAGACAAAAAAAAAAUAAUAAUUUAGACACUGUACCACAUAGAACGCCAAUGCAUAGACAUUAAACUGCUUUUGGGAAUCAUAUGCAGUUUCCUUUCUGAUGUUUAUGUAAAGCAAAACAUCUGGAAAUGGAUGAAAUGAUGAACCCGACUCAUUCUUUAGAUAAAGUCUUGAACUGAAAAAUGUCCACUAGAAUGCAUGAAAAAAUUUCUUAAGCCUGUGUAAAAAUCUAAAAAAAAAAAAAGUAUGCAUUCAAAUUCAUUUAUUCUUUCAUCUAAGCCAUGUAUGUGAUGUAUAAACAAAACGUGUUUUUGUUUUAUGAAAUGAAGUAGAACACAAAUAAGCUCUAUUUAUAUAUUUUUUUUCAAGUGAAUAGGAAUAGCUCACUAAAUAAAAACUAAUAUUGUGCCACUUUCUAAUUUCUAGGCCACUGUACUAUUAAAAUGACUAGUUAUCUAUUUGUGCUGUCCUUGUGGCUCUGUACUCUAGUACUUACAGAAGUUACAUAUUGCUUUAAACCAUGUAAAUAGGCGACUAAUGCAUAGUUAUUUGUGUUUAUCAUGAAUGUAAGCUGUGAAAAAUGAUCCUUGCGCUGUGAACUGGGGGAUCAGUUUAAAUACAGGGAAGGAGAAAACAAGCAGCACUUUUUCUCCGAAUUAGGAGUAUUUGUGUAUACAUGUCAUGUCAAUACUUGUGUGUAGUUUCUGUGCUAAUGUUUGUCUUGUUGAAUAGUGCUCAUGUUAAUUUUAUAUCUUGAAUGGUAUCUAUUUUGAAAUGUGCAUUUGGAGCUCUGCUAUAGAUGUCUCUGUUCAAUAAAGUGAUUUGAUGUGUUUAUUUGUA